AUGGAGCGUCAUGCGACGGUCCAACGUCGCGCCCAGUCAAGCUGCGCAAGCUGCGAUGUGGUGAAGGUUGCCUUUGGACUGGCCGCGCUGCUGAGCGUGCUGCUGAACUUUGCCGUGGUGGUGCUAUCUCCACUGUUUCAAUUGGCUUGCGACCUGGAGGCUGGUGUUCAAAAGGUGAAGCUGGACCCUGUCCGAUUUCAGGCGUGGUCCUCUCUGGAGCCCGUCGACUUUGAUUCGCUGCGGCUGCUUCCGAACAGUGAGUUAGAAGCCGCAGCGCGGAAAGCGCCGCGGUGGCUCUUCUUUGGCCUAUCGUCAGUGCAUCGAAAACAAGCUGAAUACCUGGGUAUCACGCUGUCCCAUUUGUUCGACGCCUUAGGCGAAUCUACGGACACAGGUCUUGUGGUACACCUUGCGGAUUUUGAUGAAAAUUGGGUGUUCCAAAGUCGAGAUUGGCUAAGAAAUGCUUUUGAAGAUGAAGUGCAGGCCAAUCGCCUUCACGUCAUCCACGCACCGGAGCGCUUGUACCCGGCCAAAGAGCAGAUCAUGAAAAACACCAAGUAUGGCGAUCCACCCUUGAGACAGUGGUGGCGAGCGAAGCAAAACUUAGAUUAUGCCUUUCUCAUGUGGUAUGCCUCAGGCCUGGCCAAAUACUACAUGCAACUGGAAGAUGAUGUGCAGGUGACUCCGAGCUUUCUCCCAACGGUCCGGAGGUUCAUGAACGAGAAGGUGACGGGCGACGCCUGGGUGAUGGCCGCCUUCUCGAAGCUGGGCUUCAUCGGCAAGCUCUUCGAUGCAGCCAGGCUUCCGAAAUUGGCAGAGUUCCUGUUGAUCUACCAUGCUGAGGCAUCAGGGGUGAGAUAG